CAAACAGCAUUGCAUGCUUCUACGUACUGAUCACUUUUACUAACACUUUCUCUUGCUUCGCCACGCGAAAUCGUCGAGCACUUUCUGUUCUUCUUCUUUGGUUUGUUGAUAUAAUAUAAGAAAGAAAAUGAGUAAUGGAGUCGCAGAUUCGAGCGUCUUCAAUGGCGACUUGGGUUCGGCGGUGAAUCAUAUCUUCCAUUUUCCGGAGACCAUUGAGAGACUGAUAUUCCCUUCUCGAGGUCAAGAAACCCGUGAGACCAAAGCCUUUUCAGCCAUCCCUGUUGACAUUUUGGAUACUCCAAAAGACUAUAUCUUCUACAUGGACGUCCCUGGUUUGUCCAAGGCUGAUAUUCAGGUGACGGUUGAGGACGAGAACACUCUGGUUAUUCGAAGUGGUGGGAAGAGGAAACGUGAGGAGGGUGAAGAAGAAGGCUGCAAAUACUUAAGACUGGAGAGGAGGGUUCACAACAAGCUCUUGAGGAAAUUCCAGUUGCCUGAAAACGCCAAUGUCGCAGCUAUAUCGGCCAAAUGCGAAAAUGGGGUUCUGACUAUAGUGGUUGAGAAGCUUCCUCCGCCUCCUAAGCCCAAAAAAGUUGAGGUCACCAUCUCUUGAGAAGGAGUCUCCUUCUUGGUGCUGGUAUCUUUUGCUACUUAUGUACUCAUUACUAUUAUUAUUAAGCUUGUAAAGUGGUUAGUUAGCUCACUGUUGGGAGUUUCAUCGGGUAAUUGUAAUGAAUGUCUGUUUAGAUUCAACAAAUUGAGUUGUCUAAA